CGAAAAGUACAUGUUUUGGGACCUAUUGUAUAGAACUUGUAAACACUUAUUGCGUGUAAAUAAUGUACAUCACAUAAUUUCAUGGCCAAUUGGGGCACGAUGCCAGAGAAUAAUGAAUGAAUUUCAAAGUGUAAAUGGCUUUCCAGGAAUAAUCGGAGCAAUUGAUGGGUGCCACAUAAGAAUUAAAAAACCACAGGAACAUCCAAAUUCUUAUUGCAACAGGAAAAAUUACCAUUCUGUUUUGUUGCAAGGUGUUUGUGACCACUCCAAAGUGUUUCUCGAUGUGUAUGCUGGUGAACCUGGAUCUAUGCAUGACAUGAGGAUGUUUAGAAAGUCUGAUUUGUACUACCGCAUUAUCAAUAAUGAGAUAGAAUUUCCUCAAGAUAGCCAUUUAAUUGGCGAUCUAGCGUAUAAAUUAUCUACAACGUUAAUGGUUGGUUUUAAGAAUUUAGGGGGCUUAACCAAUGCACAUCAAAUGAAUUUUAAUUACAAACUGUCACGGUGUAGGGUCGACAUCGAAAAUGCCUUUGGGUAUUUAAAAGGUCGAUUUCGUCGUUUGAAAUAUAUGGAGACAAUAAGGUUAGAUUUAAUGUCCCUAUUAAUAGUUAGUUCAUGUAUUCUAAACAAUUUGUGUAUCUUUAAUAAUGAUUUACCAGAAAGCAUUGUAAUGGACAUAUGAGGUGCAAGAAAUAAGAAAUGAUAUUUUACACGAGCCACAUGUAGACCAUAAUUUGAGGAAAACCAAGCUAUUACAAAAAGGACAAUGAUAAUGAAUGCGUUAGUGAUAGAUUAAUAAUAUAAUAAAUAAACAAUAUAACAAAUAAAAUGAAUAAAUAAAUAAAAUACGAUUCCAAUAAUAAGCACAAACAAAACAAACCAUAAAUUCUUACAACAAACAAACUAUUACUAAUAUAUACAUAAGUACCUAUGUCUACUUUUUAAUUAUC